AUGAAUGAUAUUAAGCAAUUAGUUUGGGAUGGUGAGCUCAAUGUGUUGAUUUCCAUCGACCCCUCAUUCUUAAUGAAAGGAAGCCCGAAAGAAAAGACUGUUUUACGAAUAAGGGUACCAAGAGAAACGUAUCUAAUCAAUUACAUGCCGUUCAUUUGGAGUAAAAUUCGGGAUUUUCUUUCCUUUGAUCCAUUGAAUGACAGUAAGAAGUGUUUCUGGUUCGAACAUAAUGGAGCACCUAUUCGAUGGAAUUAUCCAGUCGGUGUUUUGUUUGAUGGACUUGUUAAAAGCAGCCUUGCUUUUGUCACCUCUAGCGAAAUUCAAUCGGAAAAUGUGAUCACCAUCUUAAGGGUCCGUUUAGUCAUGGGAGAUUCGUUACCACCAACAGUAAUUCCUAUCACAACUAGCAAAACCCAGGCUGAAAAGUUCUGGUUCCAUCAAUGGAAGCAAGUCUGUUUUAUUUUGAAUGGCUCCUCGAAGGCUAUAAUGUCUUUAUCAGUAAACGAAUCUCGGAAAUUUUGGAGAAGUAUUAUUGCAAGAAAUCUCCAUGAUUUUGUAGAGAUUUCUAACAAAAUAAGUUCUUCAAAACCACGGCAUAUACCGAUCAUCAUUCAAACCCAUAAAGCCUCUGGGAGCUUUAACAUCUCACAACCUACUGUUCGCAUGACUGGACUCGACACCACAUUAAAGGAUAUCGAAGGAGAUAUAUUCAACGCUAAGGAGGAAAUGAAUGCCGAUAAUUCCAUAAUAAUAUGUCAAGGAAUUGAAAUUCCUUGGGACAUUGCAAUGUCCGACAUGUAUCUUAAAUUACGAAGUUUUGAUGGAUUUUUAUAUAUAACUCUAGUUCCCAAAAAUUAA